AUGUCAGACGCAGCGUCCGACCCGACAGCGAUGGACCCAGCCGCUGCUGCAGCUGCUGCCGCGGCCGCUGCCGCCGCUAUGAAGUCGUUCACGAUCGAGGCGUGGACACUUCUGGCGGUGGGUAUCUUGUUUACUGUUCUCAGGACUUAUGCUCGAGUUCGGACUGUUGGCUUCAAGGGCCUGCAGGCUGACGACUACUUGGUCUGGGUCGGAGUGGUAUUCUAUGCGAUCGAAACUGCCCUUGCUCACUCGGUUGGGGCUGUCGCAAGGGGUAUGGCCAACAAUGGCAUGACAGACGAGCAACGAGCCGCUCUGUCUCCGGACAGUGAGGAGUAUCGUUUGAGGGUCAUUGGCUCCAUCAUUCAAAUCUGCGGCUGGUCAAGUUACUCGGUCCUGCUUUGGGCGCUCAAGGCGUCAUUGCUGGUAUUCUACCUGAGGUUGACUGCGGGGCUGGGUAGAAGCUACAGACUUCGCAUCUGGAUUGGCUUUGGUUUCCUUGCUGUUAGUUGGAUCGUCGUCGUUUCAAACCUUUUCCUUGCUUGCCGACCAUUUCACAAGAAUUGGCAGAUCUAUCCCGACCCAGGCAAUGUUUGUCAACCAGCCGUCUCCAACCAAGUCGUCUGGGUUUACCUUUCCUUCAAUGUCUCCACCGACCUCUACUUACUGUCGAUCCCUCUUCCCAUGCUAUGGCAAGCCAAGUUGAAGCCGCUGAAGAAGUGGGGCUUGCUAUUCCUCUUCAGCGGAGGGCUCUUCGUCGUCGUCUGCGCUACCCUCCGCUGCAUUCUCAUCGUCACGGACCCUAAAAACGGCGCGCAACUUGCCGGAUCAUGGGCAAUUCGUGAGACUUUCAUCGCCGUCAUUACGGCCAAUCUGCCCAUGGUCUUCUCCAUUGUCAAAAUCUGGCUCACUCCCCUCUUCGGCUCUCUCAUAACGUCGAUGCGAUCUUCACAAAAGCUCACCGAGAACACACCGAGGGAUAUCAAGACAUUUGGCGCCGGCAGCAACCAGAGCUGGCGUGGUCGCGGUCCCCCAUCGGCAUAUCCAAUCACAAACGUGACCUUUAACGAGAGCGAAGAGCGCAUAGUCAACGAGAUAAAAAUGCAGGACCUCAAUGCUUGGGGCGAUCCGUUUGCCGAGCCAGCUACAUUCAGCAGGUCCAACAGCACCCGAAGCACUAGCAGCACCAGGCGGAAGAACCAGCAUAACAUCAGAAAGGACGUUGAGGUUGCCGUUACAACCGAAGUUCGUCUGCCGACUCCCAAUGCGGAUGGGAAGCCCAAAGCCUUGUCACCACGAAGCUUUGCCUUUGCCAGAGGGCCGAAGAGGGGCUCGAAAAGAGCCUCUUCUCAAUUACCUCCUCCUAGUACAGGCUUCGAUUCCAAUAACAGGAUAUAA